ACUAUGUAAUCCACGAUUCAAGCGCUCUCCAGCGUUCAUCCCAUGAAAGUUACUGGUCUGCUAUCAGCAGACGGCUGCCCUGCAUAGGCUUCUGCAGGAGUGAUGGUAAACAAUGCACCGGUCAUCUUUUCUAUCGUAGAUCGCCUCGGCCCCGACUUUGCACAACGAUCGGUGACAAGGGCCCGAGUUUCCCCUGAUCCAUGCCUACCUGCGCGUUUGCCUACGACAGGCUUCCUGCAGCGAGAGGCCGAGCAGAACGCACCCAAAGCGGUGUUGAGACAGUUACGACGCAGUCCAACACCACCUAGUCCAACUGCCGAAUACCAUGAUGCGACAGAGGAUACCUCAACUCACGCCGGGAGAAGGGACAGUAUUUCUUCAGGCUCAGACCAAACUUCUCCGACGUUGGCUUUGGUGGGCACGUCUUCGAGAAGUCAAACCUCAGGGGGUUGGAAAGAGCCUCAACCAUUUGAAGUCUUUCGCGCUGUCGAGCGUAAGGAUAUCAUGUUUCUGAUGGAAGUUCGCGACCGUGCUUUCCCGCUACUACUUCGCAAAACCGGGGAUGCUACACCUCUCCUUCACGCUAUGCGUAUCGGACAGUCUCACCGUGACGUUGCCAUCCUAUUGCUCGGAGCUUUCUCUCGUUGGAUCAAUCAUCUAGAGGACAGCGAGAUUGGUCUCCCACGGACAAGAGUAAUUCUCAAGGCUUUGCGAACAAACCUCAAGCUUGGCAUAGAUUAUGGUCUCUAUAAAUCUCAGAGCGAUCUCGCAGCAUCUUUUAUGCAAACACUUGUGAUGAGCGAGGGAGAAAAAUGGAUUCGUGCCCAGGUAUCAUCAGUGUCUCUUGCGUUGAGAUCUGGCAAUGCUGGAAAACCUGUUUCCACCGCUGAGGCGGCGGUGCGAAAGUUCGCUACCAAAGAACUAAGUAAGGCAGAUGCAAUCGCUGCCUUGGAGGAUUAUGUGGCAAAUGCUACGACUGACCUUCUACUUCUUGGUGCUUGGGCGAUGGCAUUGGAAUCUAUCGAAGGGGAUCAAAUACCGGUCUAUUAUUUUGCUCGAGAUGACAGAGUCUUUAAGGCUUUCGCGGACAGAGUAAAUACUCACCAAGCUACCAUUCGUCGCGCACUGAGUCGACGCCUGAAAUGGCAAUUCCGCGUGCUGCAGAGCGUACUAGAAGGGAGAAAUACCACUUAUCGAAGAAAAGUGGAAAUUUUGACUGAAGAAUUGGAUGAUGGAGACGGGGUGUAGUUUAUGCGGAUGGACAUGAACUUGAUUACGCUCUAUGUUCAGGUAUCGUUUCAUCUAGUGUUCGUCUCUAUCGUUUUAUGGACAAGUUACUGCCUGUGAACAUUCUGCAGCUUUCUCGGUGGUCUCUGCUCGUACAAGGUGCCCUCGGGAUGCAAGACCACAUCCUGGUUGGGGCGUAUCAUCGAGCAAACAUGGAGACAUGAACACUUUGUUCUGUUCGUCAAAUGCAUAUCCUUCUCACACUGCUGUGUGGAACCGCGGCGCAUAUAGGGUUACUUAUACCUAUUCUCGGGUAUGCGUUGCUAUGAUCCAUGACGAACAA